CUAGAGACGAGACAUCAGGCACCUUCCAAUCCUUCGACAACACCAAGCGCCAGUGGUAAUUUCUUCACUCCAACUCAAUGCAAAGCAAUCCUCGAUCUCAGCCCAGAGUCGAACCCUGACCCCCUCUUUUAUCACGUCUAUCCUUAUACAUUCCCCAAAUUCAUUUAUUACCGUCAGUCCUCUGUUUGGUGUAACGGCUUAACCACUCAACACUCACAAAACCAAAAAAAGAGCCUCUGCCCCAAAAUGUACGUCUUGAAUAGCAUUACGCAGCUGAUGACCGACAUCAGUGACUCAGAUCAUGGACGAGUGGAAGGCCUUUCUAAUACUGAGGUAUUAGUUUUGCUAUUUUGGGUUGUGAUUUUGCUCUUCGUUGUUGUUGUUCUCUCGUCGAGGCGUGUCAGACGCCUCUUGUAUCAUGCAACACAGAUGGAGCAGGUUGAUCAAUUGCAUUACGCGUAUCCCCUUCACAUGGCUUCAUACCGAGCGCAGAAAUCGAUAUCCCCAGGGAUUUCUGAGCGUGCUGUACAACUUUUGGUACGUGAAGUGGGAGUCGUGUGGACUGUUGUCAACAGACAUUCAUAUCUCCGUGUCCCCGAUCAUCUGCUCCUUCGUCAAUCAUCAGUCCCAAGCAACCACACUGCCCGAACCCUUCUUCUUGGUAACCCUAUCCAUGACGCCCAACACCCACACAGCUUUCUUCCUCAUCUCAGCUUCUCUCACCUCUCCAACCUCCACCCCCAAACUCACAAUCCCACUCCCCUUAUGCAUCUGCGCCACAAAAUCCCUACACCAUUUCUCCACUCUCUUCUCCAGCACCAAAACCUUGCACUCCAUCUGCAUAACCGGCAGAAAGGCAGAAACCACACCCCUCGAAUCAGUAUAGCUUUCUGGACAACAAAGCAGUACAUCGAUCUUCUUGUUCCAUUUCUUGGCCACGGUUUCUGCUGCUGAGGUGAGGCUGAGAGAGGAGGUGAGAUGGAGCGGUUGAACGAAAGAGGAGACUUCUUUCUUGCCUGAGCAGAGGAGACGCCAUGUCCAUGUGGGGGAGGAGGUUUUGCAGAGAGCGAUUAUGAAGGUGUUGGGGCGGGUGCAGAGGUGGGUUGUUAGGGUGUAGGUGAAGAGGGUGUCGGAGGAUGUUAUGAGGUAGACUGUUUCUUUUGGCAUGCUUGUGGUGGUUGUCAGAAGUGGUUUUGUUUUGUUUGAUGGCUUUUGGGUUGUGAGGGUGCUU